AUGAAGACGAGGACGUGGAAUAUACUUCUCGUUCUACUAUCUCUAUUGCUUCCAACAACUCAUUCACAAGAAUUCCCUAUUUUAAACUCGCUUGACCAGUCGAAUUCGGUCACUUCAAAUCAUGCCCCAGUUCUGCAGGUUUCAUCAAGAGAAGGGUAUUUGCCGGAAACAGCAGAGAUCGGUACUACUGUGCGAAUCUCACCAAAUCUCAAGUCGGAAAGCUUACAAAUCUUGGUGAACGAUGAUGAUCUUCAACCGGGAAUGCCCCCAGCUACUUAUCAGUAUAUUCUAACUGGUUUGGGAGCAACCAUUUUCGCUGUUGAUCAGAGAGGAUUUGUCUAUUUAAAUGUUCCAAAUAUUGAUGCAGAUCCUCCUAAUCCAUCAACUUACCAAUUAAAUGUUCAAGCUCGCGAAGUUGACACUGUGCCCAUUCGAAGCUCAGAGCCAGUCUCAAUUACAAUCCACAUUAUGGAUUCGAACGACAACUCUCCCCAAUUUGAACAAGCUAUUUAUACAGCAAAUACGACAGCAAUUGGUGGGGAAAGACCCAUAGUUAUGAUUGUGGCUACUGACGCAGACUCAGGUGCUUAUGGGGAAAUUUCUUAUCGGAUUACACAAGUCACAAACGGAGCUCAAGACGCUUUCUACUAUGAAUCUGCUACGAACAUGCUUUUUGCCACUUCUAAUCUUGUUCCUGGUGAACGAUAUCAAGUUGUUUUGGAAGCUACUGAUGGGGGUGGACGAUCUUCACAAGCCAUUGCAAUUAUUUUGGCUGUCGAUCCAAACCACAAAGCCAGUUUGGCUCCAAAUCUACCUGGAAUGGAAACAUUUAUGCCCCAUCCUUCACAAUCCACUAUGACAACACCGAUGGCCAUCAACAGUCUAGAACAAGAAGAAACGAUCCAAACCUAUGUAGCAGAAGUAUCUGAAAACACGCCUGCCAACACUGUUGUUGUGACUCUUGGUGAAGAAGGAAUUCAGGAUCAAUACUUUACGAUUGUUGGUGGUAACGAAGAUGACAAGUUCGCGAUUGAUGGAAACACAGGAACAAUCCGAACGACUGGCGAAUUGGAUAGAGAAAGAACUGCUAUGUAUUCGCUCCAGGUGGAAACUCGCGGUCGCAGUCCAGACCAGCAUCUUUAUUGGACUCUAGUUCAAAUUAGUGUUGUCGAUGUUAAUGAUAACUCUCCAAUAUUCAUCGGUCAACAACCAAUCCGAUUCAGUAAGAGUAUUGACGAUUUGGAUGAAUUAUCAUCGAAUAUGCAAAUCGGACGAGUUGAAGUUGAGGACUUGGACUCUGAUGACAACGGCCGAUUAGAGCUUCGUGUUGCUCCACCUAUGAACAGGCUAUUCUCGAUAUCCGCUGAUGGAGUGGUGUCGAUAGCUGGAGAUUUCACAGCUGCUCACUUUGGAGAGCAUCGUCUAUUCGUCGUAGCUCGUGAUCAUGGGGAACCUUUCCGAGAGACAAAGGCUGAAGUUAUCAUCAACAUCUACGGUACGCUGAUAACAAUGGCUACUGUCCCACCCACGAAUGAAAUAUUUGAGUACACUUCGUCAAUCGAAGAAGAGACUCCUACACGUCCAGAUGACUAUUUACAGUCAGUUACAAGCUUACCGCCAAGUGUUACUCAAACAAAAAUUUCAGCAUUCUCUUCUUUCCCCGACCCAUCUCCUGCUCCAGCUCCACCAACACUCCUACCUCAAUUCCCGUCUGUUGAGCUGCCGAACAGUCAAGAGAAGACUACCGACGAUUAUGAUCAACCGACGUCUGAAGAAAUGCAAUCAACUUACACUGAAAAUUCUGGUGCUACCAACAGUCCCCACUCCUACAACACCUUGCCAUCCGCGCCAUCAGUGCCUACCAAUUCCUACUCGUCAUUCUCCCAGGAAAACCUUUCCGUUGAACAACAGGUACAGAGCUCAUCGGAGAAUAAUGUGGAAACAGUACCGGCUGAAACUACGAUGACGUUGAUGACGUCUUCUGGAGAAUUUGAGCCAUCUGUUACUGAAUCUUCACUUGCAUCCCAAACAUCAAGCACGCCAACAACCUUAUCAACCACAAUUGCACCAAGAAAUACGGAAAUUUUGACAAGCCAAGAGACAUCCUCAUCCAACAAUCGGUUAGCACCUGUGUUUAACCCUGCUCAGAUUAGUGUUCAUGUGGAAGAAAACAAGGCUGAAAUAGAAGUUGCUAGAGUACAUGCAAGCUACUUGGAUGGUCAACAUGGGCCUAUAUCAUAUGUUCUUCAAAAAGGAGACCCAUCUCUUUUUGCAGUCUCAUCAUUCUCUGGUUCAAUCAUUUUGUUGAAACCAUUAGACGCUGAAACCGACACUUCCUACCAAAUCCAAGUUUCUACCAUUCAGGCUAAUCAAAUGAUGACUGAUCCAUCAAGAUCUCAUUAUGUUACUAUCGUUGUCCAUGUCGACGACACAAAUGACUGGAUACCAGCUUUUGAAACAGGGAACGAACACUUCACUGUUCCUGAAAACACAAUUCCUGGUCAAAUAGUAGGACAAGUGUCUGCUUUCGAUCAAGACAGACAGGAUCCCAACAACAGAAUUCAUUACCGAUUGAUAUCGGCAGGUGGAUUGGAGUCACAUUUCAAUAUCAACCCUGAAAAUGGAAUUAUAACUUUAGCUCGUCCUAUCGAUGCUUUCUCUGGUGAAAAAAUAACGCUUAAAAUUGAAGCGUCUGAUCACGGGAUCCCUCCUCAAUCUUCUCAAACAUCUGUAUUGGUGGAGGUUGUGGCAACAGCUUCCCAGGUCAUACCUGAAGGCAGUCCUUUCUCGUCUCGGCCCAGUGAAGGAUCACUUCAAUUUAGUUUACGCAAUUACACAGCUUCUGUUUCUGAGGCUGUUCGCCCACCACAUCUCGUUCAAGUUCUUUCUGUUAACAACAAGCCCUCUGACACACGUUUCAUUAUUUGUAACAUUGUUAGUGGUAAUUAUCGUGGAGCCUUCGGAGUUGUUGCCGGAAACGAUGGAAAUUGUGAAUUACGCACCCAAAUGGAAUUGGAUCGAGAGAGUGUUGAAAGAUAUUUAUUAAAUGUCACUGUAACGGCAGGUACUCAAACUGACUUUGCACUUGUUUCUGUUACUGUCCUUGAUGUGAAUGACAACGUUCCACGUUUCAUUUAUGACAAUGAUCUGGGUCUUUCAACAUACUUCGCCGGAAUCUCAUCCACGUCUCCUGCUUUCACACGUGUGCUCACUGUGAAAGCUGAAGAUGCAGAUAUUGGAAACAGUAGCAUCGUCAAUUAUGCCCUUGAUCAAUUAUCUGUACAAUCCAAGUUUUUCAACAUCAAUGCUUUCGGAGAAAUCACUCUGAAGCAGAGUAUGCAGCAGAUCCUUCAAUACAACAGAUUAUCAUCUUUCGAAAUUCGAGUAUCUGCAUGCGAUUCCCCGAUUUCUGGACAACAGCUAUGCUCUAAAGCUGAUGUUGUAGUCAGUGUGAUUACCGACGCAAACCGAUUCAAGAUGAUAACUACUGGUUUAACUCAACAUCAACUUCAAGCCCAUCAGAAGGAUAUGGUACGAAGUUUAAGACAAUUCACUGGAGAUUGUUCAUUGGUGAACAUUGAAAAAAUGAACGAUGGCGCCGUAAUUGAUACUCAACCCCGUACAGAUAUAUAUUGGUAUGCUGUGAACCCGACAACUAAGAAGAUCUGUAAAAAACAAGAAUACAAGAAGUUGUUUGAAACACCGUCAGUGCAAAUGAUUGCCGGAAAGGUGCAACCUUGGUUCAAGUUGGAAAAGAUAUCAGAUGAUGUUGUUGAGUCUAACGGACUUACAGCCACAAAUGGAAUAUUCCCAGCUAACUGGAAAACAGCUAGCAUUUUACUUCUAUCGUUAGCUGUUGUUAUAGCAGUUGGUUCAAUCAUAGCAAUCAUAGCUGUUUGUUAUUGUUAUACCAAAUAUAAGGUUUCUGAGAGAAAUGUUCAUGCAUAUAAUCCACAGAAAACAAUGGGACCUUUCUUCUUAGCAAAUGGCCCAAUGGACCAUCGCUAUGACACUAAUCAUGAAGUUCAGGUGAGAGAAAUGACUAUAUCUGAUGAAGAUCUCACUUUGAAAAGUGGAUCUGCUGGAUGUACAACUCAUCCACGUGGAUAUACAUACAGAGAUUAUAAUAGACACCCUAGCUCAGGGUUUGAAGGAGAUUUUAGUAUCGAAGAGAAUAUGUACGCUAUCAACACCCCAGGCCGUCUGGAUCCUGUCACGAAACGGAUACAAACCUUAGUGAUUCCGGCACCAGAUUAUCCAGCUCAAAGGACUGCAAUCAACUACCAUAACAAGAGUAUACUAUGA